AUGAAUUUGGAAAGUAAUUACUCUCCUGAAUUGAAUAGAUAUGAACCAAGAUAAAUGUUGGGGAAGGGAGCAUUUGCAAUUGUUAUUUCAGCCUUUGAUAAGGUUAAAAGAAGUAAUGUUGCUAUCAAGAUUGUUGAAAAAAAGUUAUUCAAAAGUAAGGAAUAAGAAGAUGCUAUACGUCAGGAAGCACUAACUCUUUAGACAUUGUUUCAUAAAAAUAUAAUAUAGAUUUUGGGAGUAUGAUAAUUAUUUUAUAACUUAACAUCAGUUUAUUGAGACAUAGCAAAAGUUUUAUAUAAUAAUGAAUCAGAUAGAUGGUGUAACAUUGGAAGAUUAUAUUCCUAAAUUAUAGAGUCAUGAAGUUAUUCCAAUAACUAAGUAAAUUUUGAAAGCUUUGAGUUAUUUGCAUUAAAAAGAUAUUGUUCACAGAGACAUAAAGCCAGAGAAUAUUUUAAUAAGUUUUUGUGGAGAAGAAUUGAAUGUUACUCUUAUAGAUUUUGGUUUAUCAGCAUCAAUUAAUAGAAUUGAAGAUAGUUUAAUGAAUAAAAAUUGUGGAACAUUAUUAUAUUAAGCACCUGAAUUGAUAAAAAAAAGAAAUUACACAAGAGUAUAUAUUAAUAAAUAAUACUUAGUCAGUAGAUAUUUGGGCAUUGGGAAUAGUAGUUUAUAAUAUGUUAUACAAAGGAGAACAUCCUAUAUAUUAAAAUGGUGAUAAUAAAAUAACAUAUUGUGAAAAAAUUAAAGGAUUUUCACUGAAUUUUAAAAUUAAUGAGGAUUAAGAUAUAAGAAACUUUUUGGAAAGAACAAUUGCAUAUUUACCAGAACAUCGUUUAACAGCUGAUUAAUGUUUAUAACAUCCUUGGAUUAUUGGUAAGGGAGAUAUAUCAGUGCCAUUUACAUUAAAUGAAAUAAUUUAAUGUUAAAUUAAAAAAGAAUAGAAAAUAGCAAAGUAUAUUAAAAUAUUUAUGUUUUUGAAAUAUUUGAUGAUUAAAUCAAAAAAUGUUAUUGGUAAAAUAGAUGAAAUUAAUGAAAUUGAAUCACUACAUGAUAAUGUAUCAAUAAUAGCUUCUGAAAUAUCAAUGUCUUCAAAUAAUUUUAGGAUUCGUCCUUUAAUGAUGAAAUCAUAAACUAAAUUAAAUAAACCAUAUAAUAAUGAUAGUAGUAGUAAUUCUUUUGUUGGAGAUAGUAGUAGAAAUACAACAGAUAUGAUUCCAGAAACAAUUGUACAAACAAGUAGAACAAGUUUUGCUAAAAAAUAAUUAAGAAAAAGUAAUUCAAUGAAUCCUUAAGAAAUGAUGAAUAAAUUAAAAACAAUUAAUGCUUAAAAGGGAUCUUAAAAGGUAUUAAUUUAAAUAUAUAUAUUUUAAGGAAACUUAAUUAAAAAAUAGGAGAAUUAUCUUAAAUACAUAUAAGAGUAAUUAAAAUUUAGUAACUGAAUCAUAGAAUUAAAGAUUAAAUAUGAAUAAUUUCAAUAAGAUUGUAAACUCUCCUUUGGCUAAUACAAUUGGCCAUUUUCAAAGAUCAAAUUUCUCUAAAAAACCUGCAUAAUUGUGA